AUGGAGAAGAUCACGGAUAAGCUCGCCGCUCUGCCGCCCGAUGGCCGCUACUUUUCGCUCGAGUUCUUCCCGCCCAAGACGCAGAUGGGCUUCGCCAACCUCCAGAACCGCCUGGAGCGCAUGGCCAGCGCUCUGCGUCCGCUGUUCGUCACCGUGACCUGGGGCGCCGGCGGCAGCACCGCAUCCAAGUCGCUCGAGCUCGCGGAGCUGACGCAGCGCCAGCUCGGCCUUACCACCUGCCUGCACUUGACCUGCACCAACAUGAGUCGCUCGCUCGUCGACGAUGCUCUCGAGCAGGCAAAGGCCCUGGGAGUCCGGAACAUUCUUGCCCUUCGCGGCGACCCGCCUCGUAGCGAGGAGUACCGCGAGGGCCACGCCGGCACCGACAACGACUCGAACAAGGACUUUACCUGGGCUGUUGAUCUGGUUCGCUACAUCCGCAGUAAAUACGACGACUACUUUUGCAUUGGUGUCGCCGCAUACCCCGAGGGCCACUCGGACCAGUCCCACCCGGACAAGCAGGAUCCCAAGUUCGACCUGCCCUACCUGAUCGAGAAGACCAAGGCUGGCGCCGAUUUCAUCAUGACGCAGCUCUUUUUUGACAUCAAGGCGUACGAGGAGUUCGAAACCAUGCUUCGUAACGACCCCUCGGGCGUGUUCAAGACGAUGCCCAUCAUUCCUGGCCUGAUGCCAAUCCAGAGCUACCAGAUCCUCCGCCGCACAACGAAGCUCAGCCACGCGAAGCUUCCCCCCGCAUUACUCGAACGUCUUGACGCCGUCAAGGGCGAUGACGAAGCAGUGAAGAGCGUGGGCGUGGACAUACUGAGUGAGGUCGUUGAAGAGCUCAAAGCGCGGCCGAACCCAGGUCCGAGGGGCUUCCACUUCUACACUCUCAAUUUGGAAAAGGCAGUCGCUCAUAUAGUCGAGCGCUGUCACCUGAUAACUGCCAUAUCGCCGGGCGGUGACGACGAGGAAGCGGUGACGAUUGAUGACAUCCCUGUGAACGGUGGCGCGCCGAGUGAUUCUCUCAAGGUCAAGAACAGGAGACGCUUGUCUUCAGCCAACUCGACCCCGCACAAUCGGGUCGUGGUGGACCGCCCAUCGACUUCUAGCAACAAGAGCUACGAAGCGCUGGCGGAUGAAGUAGGCGUCCCGAAGGACAAGAUCAUGACCAGAGCCAACACGCUAGCCAUCUCGGAGGGUGAAGGAACGUUGGGCAGGGAGGCCACCUGGGAUGACUUCCCGAAUGGCCGAUGGGGAGACGCAAGAUCACCAGCGUUUGGUGAAAUCGACGGCUAUGGAGUGUCGUUGCACGUUUCGAUUCCGCAAGCAAUUAAACUUUGGAAGUACCCGACAACAGUGGAAGACAUAUCCGACAUUUUCCGACGCCAUAUCAUGGGCGACCUCGAGGCGAUACCUUGGAGCGAGGAGGGGCUGAACGAGGAGACGGAGACGAUUCGUGAUCAGUUACUAAAGCUGAUUGCGAAGGGGUGGUGGUCCGUCGCGAGCCAGCCGGCUGUAAACGGCAUCAAAAGCACGGAUGCCAUAUUCGGCUGGGGCCCCAAGAAUGGUUAUGUGUUCCAAAAGCCUUUCGUCGAGUUUUUCCUCUCCUCAGCUGACUGGACGAAGCUGCAAGCAAAGCUGGACGAAUUGUCAGACGUGACGUACUUUGCGGGCAACCACGCGGGAGAGUAUUCGUCCAACGACGAGGAUUCAGUCAACCCGGUAACUUGGGGAUCUUUUGCCGGUAAAGAGAUCGUGACUCCUACAAUCAUCGAGUCGGUUUCCUUCCGGGCAUGGCUCGAGGAGGCGUUCAGCAUCUGGUCGGAAUGGCGGCACAUCUACCCGCCUCGAUCGGCAACGGCGAACUUGCUCGGACAUAUCCGAGACGACUACUGGCUGGUCAACAUCAUCCACCAUGACUAUGUAGAACAGGAUGCUCUCUGGCGUCUUCUGCUGGCGGAAUAA